AUGAAGCAGCCAUAUUCACCCCGCAGCUGGUCUCUGCGCAAAAAGCCAAUUGCUUCCCCCGAGUUACUCGUUGGCACAGCAAUUCUAGCAGUCCUCUUCAACCUCAUCCAAGGCGCCAAAGCACAAGCAUACCCCGACUAUUCCUCCAUCAGAUACCAGUUACUUGACUCUUACGGGGGUCCUUCGUUCUUCGAUCAAUUCAACUACUUUUCAGGCGAUGAUCCAACAGAUGGUUAUGUAACCUACGUAAACCGAGGAACCGCCCAAUCCCUCAACCUCACCUCCGCAACAGAUACAACAGCAACCCUCCGCGUAGACGCCUCAACCCCCAACCCCUCCGGCGGCCGCAACUCCGUCCGCGUCGAAUCAAAAAACACAUACAACUCCGGCCUCUUCAUCUUCGACAUCAUCCACACACCCUACGGCUGCGGGACAUGGCCAGCACUCUGGCUCACAGAUGGCCCCAACUGGCCGAAUAAUGGGGAAAUAGAUAUCCUCGAGUCUCAUAACCAUGGUUCCCAUGGUAAUGAAAUGUCCCUGCAUACGACGGGUGGGUGUAGUAUGGAUGGUGGGGAGAGGAGACAGAGUGGGACGAGCUUGGAGGGGAAUUGUGAUAUUGGGAGUGAUGGGAAUGCUGGGUGUGGUGUUACGGGGGAUCUGGGGACUUAUGGGGUUGGGUUUAAUGGGGGUGGUGGUGGGGUGUAUGCGUUGGAACUCCGUGACGCAGGCAUUCGGAUCUGGAAUUUCCCUCGUGCCUCGAUUCCAUCGGAUAUCAACGAUGGAUCAUCUCCGGAUCCUUCGUCCUGGGGAAUACCGUUGGCCGAUUUCCCCAGUACAAACUGUGAUAUUGGGUCUCAUUUCCGGAAUCUGAAUAUCGUGGCUAAUAUUGAUCUUUGUGGAGAGUUGGCGGGGACUUCGACUCAUUAUACUCAAAUGUAUAAUUGUCCGGGAUCGUGCACUGAUUUCGUGGCGAAUAACCCGUCGCAAUUCGAGGAUGCGUAUUGGGAGUUUGGUGGGAUCAGGGUUUAUCAGGCUUCUUGA